UGCACUACAUAUUCAGCAACCUUUCACCUGCGAUAGCGAUCAAGCCUCGCCAAACUUAUGCACCAAGUCUUCGUGAACAUCAAGCGUUCGUUCUGACACCCGGUUUGGCUUGCUUAAGUCCAGAUCGUUCGAUACGAUACAAUCUCAUAAGAAUCACGACCAUUCUCAAGUCUUUCAUCUAAUACACAUUCACCAUGGUUUACACACCUGCAACUCCGUCGGGGUCGGGGCCUACCAAGAGGCCCGCCUCUAGCCUUCAAGAUGGCGUUCUCGGAUGGGAAACUGCUCCAGUCAUGAACGCCUCUUUGCAAACAACCGUCAACAUGCCCUUCAGCCACUACUCUCUUAUCUACUUGGAUCACAUGGGCCGGCUGCAGGUUCAAGAGUCGCCUUCAAUCAGCGGCCAGAACAUGACUAUCUUCAGCAACGACGUGCGAGAGAAAUUCCUAGAGAUACUGGGCUCACAAGUCGGCUAUAGACAGCCUUUGAUUCGCAGAACCUCCGGUGUUAGUCCCACUGCUCUGAACAACGAUCGCAUGAAUGAGAGAUACCGGCGCCAGGGCAAGAAGCGCAGAACUCAGCCUAGCGCUUCCUCUUCAAAUCUGCGAUACUCGAACCCCUACACCAAUACCGUGCAAGAUCUGCCCCCCGUUGUUGCUGUCACCAGGGUUGCCAUCCAGAUUGGCGACGCGGAGAAGUUACUGCAGUACUACCGGGUAGCUCUGAUCAACGUUCAGCAGCAAAACUGCCGUAUCAUCGCCAAAGCAUUCAUUAAGUACAUUGAGCCGCGGAAGCAAGUGCGGCACCCAUACAACGGUGGCCGACCCAGGCCAGGAGCGCCACCAGGAACCAAAGGAGAUCCGGAGUUGACGAAGCCCGCAUGGUGGCCAGCGGAUGUGAUUCACAAGGAGCCUGAUCAUCUCAAGAAGAACGAACGGAUCAAGCUUCUUCUCCACAUUAUUCGAAACCUCGCCCAGCACGGCAUCACUCCAGAAGAUUUGCAGGAGGUUGCGCAUGACUGCAGAAGACACAUCCCCGUCGAAAAGAUGGCUAUCCUGGACGAAAUGUUCAGGGUCCGCAAGAUGGAGGUGCGGUACGAGACGGGCGAAGUUGAUGCGACCACCAUUGUGUACGUCGAGGCAAGAGACGACAAGGAAGAGAAGGAUGAGGGCAAUGAGAAGGACAUUGACUGUGUGGUUGAGCCGGAACAGAAGAUCGAGCCGGAAGAGACCGAGUGCAACGAGGUGAUCACCUCAACGGCAUCUUCAAUUGAAGACUUGUCUGCUCCAUUCACAGCCAUGGAUCAUCCAGUCAGCAUGUCCUCUCACCGUGCCAUCUCGAUGGGAGCGGAUCAGGGCCAGCUCUUCCCUCUACCAGAGUCGCUGAGCUACGGUGAGACGGAUCGACUACAGGGGCAAUCUUUCUACUCGGCCGCCGGGGACUUCAAGGACGAGUAUACAUCGCCCACAGUAAUCAACACCCCCACAAGCAGCGAGAUGCCCAGUCCGCUCGAGCAGACCUCGUCAUUCGACUGCAUGACCCCUGCUCCUCUCAGUACUGCCGCUGGCUCGGAACACCAUCGCCCUACGACCAUGUCCAUGCAGCACUCUGUCGGACCAUACGAUAGUUGGGCCGCGCCAUCCUACCGUCCACAACCCCUGUACAGCUCCUUCGACUACAGCACGGUAGCAACCAGCCAAGCGAUGUCCCAGCCGGCUAUGCACUACCAGAUGCCGAUGCCAGAGAUGCACGGCCUGCCUGAGCUGGGAAGCCCCUCGAGGAUGUCCUUCCGGACCGGCUCCUUGAGUCAUUCGAACCUCCACCAGUCUGCUGAGCAGCUGUGAAUAUCGACCGCACACGAAAUGACCACGCAACGAACAUAUAUGAACUUCCUUUUCUCCGUCUCUUUUUUUUUUCUUCUGUUGUUCUGGACUGGUGUACCUUUUUUUUUUUUGCUGGCUUUGUCACCGUUUUUCUUCAUGUGUACUUGACUUAGAAUUGUUGGG